AUAAUUUUUAGCUACUAGUGGAGUUGAUGAACGAUGUAUAAGAGACAUCAUGAGCCUUAGAGAAGUUAUUGUAUCUUUUUCUAUUUUUCAGGGUCGUGAUUUGACGAUAGCUUUUAGUUUAAUAACGUUUACUUAUCUUUUCAUCGGUGUUGUCUUCUACGUUGGAUUUCCAUUAGCGAAAACGUGCAUUGAAGAUCUAUUCCAAAUUUAUAAAAAUAUUCACUUACCAGAAACCAAAACAAACACUUGGGUCAACAACACUAACAAUCUUCAGAACAAACACACUCAAUUAUUCCAGCAAAAUUUCACUUUGUAUUAUUCAUUUACUGCGCUUAUGAUAAGGCUAAAUUAA